UAGCGCGGGGAAUUUCGAGUGGCAGUGGAGCGCUGGAGACCAGUGGGUCGCGGACCCUCCACCUUCUUUAGGGGAGGCCAUGGACUCCCUAGUAGAGCCCCGGUGGCCUCCGGGCCUGGCAGUCAUGAAGACAAUAGAUGAUUUGCUGCGCUGUGGAAUUUGCUUUGAAUAUUUCAACAUUGCAAUGAUGAUUCCUCAGUGUUCACAUAACUACUGUUCUCUUUGUAUAAGAAAAUUUCUGUCCUAUAAAACACAAUGUCCAACUUGCUGUGUGACAGUCACAGAGCCGGACCUGAAAAAUAACCGCGUAUUAGAUGAACUGGUAAAAAGCUUGAAUUUUGCACGGAAUCAUCUGUUGCAGUUUGCCUUAGAGUCACCACGCAUCUCUUCUGCUUCCUCCUCUUCAAAGAACCUUGCUGCCAAAGUGCACACUUCUGUAGCCUUCAGACGUUCAUUAAAGCAAGAAAGCAGGCUAAUGGAGAACUUCUUGAUUAGAGAAGCUGGUGGUUCUGUGUCAGAGUUGCUGAUAAAAGAGAAUGAAAGCAAAUUCAGCCCUCAAAAAGAGCUGAGCUCUUCUGCAAAGACCAGAGGGACACCUUCCGUAGAAAAGUCAGCUCCGGGUUUCUCAGAGGCUAGUGUUCCUGAGACACCCUCUACAUCGGCCUUGAAAGAAGUUACUAAAGUGGAUUGUCCUGUUUGUGGGGUUCAUAUUCCAGAAAAUCACAUUAACAAGCACUUAGACAGCUGUUUAUCACGUGAAGAGAAGAAAGAAAGCCUCAGAAGCUCUGUUCACAAGAGGAAGCCACUGCCUAAAACUGUAUAUAACUUGCUCUCAGAUAGAGAUUUAAAGAAAAAGCUAAAACAGCAUGGAUUAUCUGUUCAAGGAAACAAACAACAGCUCAUUAAAAGGCACCAAGAAUUUGUACACAUGUACAAUGCCCAGUGUGAUGCUUUGCAUCCUAAAUCAGCUGCUGAAAUAGUUCAAGAAAUUGAAAAUAUGGAGAAGACUAGGAUGCGUCUUGAAGCUAGUAAACUCAACGAAAGCAUAAUGGUUUUUACAAAGGACCAAACAGAAAAGGAAAUAGAUGAAAUUCACAGUAACUAUCGUAUAAAACAUCAGAAUGAAUUUCAGCGUCUGGUGGAUCAAGCCAAAAAAGGAUAUAAGAAAACUGUUGGAAUGUCCAAAAAAAAAGUAAAAGAAGAAGAUGAAUCUACAGAAAAGCUAUUAUCUGUAUGCGUGGGACAGGAAGAUAAUAAAAUGAAAUUCUCAGAUAUACCCUCGGUAACAAACCACUUCCCUCAGUCAAAGCUGGACUCCCCAGGGAAACUAGAGCCUGACAGACCAGAUGAUUCUUCCAGCUGUACUGAUAUUCAAGAGGAAGCUCUUUCUUCACCAGAGUCAGAGUCAUGCAAUAGUUCCAGUUCAGACAUCAUAAGAGAUCUUCUAGAAGAAGAGGAAGCCUGGGAAGCAUCGCAUAAAUAUGAUCUUCAAGACACAGAAAUAAGUCCCAGACAGAAUCGUCGCAUGAGGUCCGCUGAAAGUGCUGAGCUCGAGCCAAGAAAUAAGCGGAACAGGAAUUAGUGUGGGUUUGUUGACUUUCCCAGUGCAGUCAUCAGAAGAUGGUACUUUUGUUGCCAUGGUGAUUUCAUAUUCAUAAUUGCCCAAGUGAAGAUGUUACAUUCUAAAUAUUAUGUUUAACUGAUUUUUAUUCUUUUCUGCCUUUCUAGGAAAAAAAAAAAACCUUAGAAAGCAUCCUCACUUGGUCAGUUACCUCCUGCCCCUAAAACAUCUCUCUCUAAAAAUACUGGCAUCCACACAUUCACCAGCUUUGCAGAGGACAGAGACUUUUUGGCAAAAGGGUUUUGUUUGAUUUUGUUUCUAAAUUUCAGAAUGUCCUUAAGCCAUUCUCCUCUUCCAUGGAGAAGCCAACUUCAAAAAAGGAUCCUUUAACCCCUCUACCACAAGGAGUGGUUGAGGCAUUCAGAGCCACUGUGUUUCUGGAAAGGUAGAAUGUCCUAACUCAAGUCCUCCGUGAGCGUGAGCACACGAGGCCUGGAGGCUGAUGCGCAUGUUACAGCUGUUUCAGGAUGGUUGUUGCCCGAGUUUCAUGUGGUUGUUAGUUAGACCUGUGUCUUACACUUUACUUGGAGUACGAUGUUAGUACUGUAACCUAAAGGCACAAAACAGUAACUUUGAAACAUUAGGCAUAUUCUUCAGAAACGGCGCUUACAAAUGAUUCUUUCGUCUUUUUUUCACUUGGGUAAAUCAAAUCUUUAACACUUUGAAUCCCAGCUAUUAAAUGGAAAGAAUGCAAUAAAUGAAUUUUGUCACUGAGUAGACUCUAUAUCAAUUUAAAAUAAAGUCCUUGAAACAAUCUCCUGUGAAUGGUUGAGUACAAGCUACAAAUCAUUGGAAAGGGUUGAUCAGAAAUUGUUCUCUCAAACAGAAAUAUAGAUCAAUGGAACAGGAUAGAAAGCCCAGAGAUAAACCCACGCACCUAUGGACACCUUAUCUUUGAUAAAGGAGGCAGUAAUGUACAGUGGAGAAAGGACAGCCUCUUCAAUAAGUGGUGCUGGGAAAACUGGACAGGUACAUGUAAAAGUAUGAGAUUAGAUCACUCCCUAACACCAUACACAAAAAUAAGCUCAAAAUGGAUUAAAGACCUAAAUGUAAGGCCAGACACUAUCAAACUCUUAGAGGAAAACAUAGGCAGAACACUCUAUGACAUAAAUCACAGCAAGAUCCUUUUUGACCCACCUCCUAGAGAAAUGGAAAUAAAAACAAAAAUAAACAAAUGGGACCUAAUGAAACUUCAAAGCUUUUGCACAACAAAGGAAACCAUAAACAAGACCAAAAGACAGCCCUCAGAAUGGGAGAAAAUAUUUGCAAAUAAAACAACUGACAAAGGAUUGAUCUCCAAAAUAUACAAGCAGCUCAUGCAGCUCAAUAACAAAAAAACAACCCAAUCCAAAAAUGGGCAGAAGACCUAAAUAGACAUUUCUCCAAAGAAGACAUACAGAUUGCCAACAAACACAUGAAAGAAUGCUCAACAUCAUUAGUCAUUAGAGAAAUGCAAAUCAAAACUACAAUGAGAUAUCAUCUCACACCAGUCAGAAUGGCCAUCAUCAAAAAAUCUAGAAACAAUAAAUGCUGGAGAGGGUGUGGAGAAAAGGGAACACUCUUGCACUGCUGGUGGGAAUGUGAAUUGGUACAGCCACUAUGGAGAACAGUAUGGAGGUUCCUUAAAAAACUACAAAUAACACUACCAUAUGACCCAGCAAUCCCCACUACUGGGCAUAUACCCUGAGAAAACCAUAAUUCAAAGAGUCAUGUACCAAAAUGUUCAUUGCAGCUCUAUUUACAAUAGCCAGGAGCUGGAAACAACCUAAGUGUCCAUUAUUGGAUGAAUGGAUGAAGAAGAUGUGGCACAUAUAUACAAUGGAAUAUUACUCAGCCAUAAAAAGAAACGAAAUUGAGCUAUUUGUAAUGAGGUGGAUGGACCUAGAGUCUGUCAUACAGCGUGAAGUAAGAAAGAGAAAGACAAAUACCGUAUGCUAACACAUAUAUAUGGAAUUUAAGAAAAAAAAAUGUCAUGAAGAACCUAGGGGUAAGAAAGGAAUAAAGACACAGACCUACUAGAGAAUGGACUUAAGGAUAUGGGGAGGGGGAAGGGUAAGCUGUGACAAAGUGAGAGAGAGGCAUGGACAUAUGUACACUACCAAACGUAAAAUAGAUAGCUAGUGGGAAGCAGCCGCAUAGC